CCAGAAGUGGGGGUAAAGGAGAGAUCUGCUCCCAACUCAUCUCUGAUAACUACACAUAAUUUUUAGUAUGUUCCGAUGCUGAAAACAUUUCAUAGAAGGAUCAUUUGCGAACUCGAUUGAAGAGUGUAAGACUUCAAAGACAUAAAUGAAACAUGUGGCAAUUUCCAAAAUUAUGUCGUGGUCAACAGACGAUGGAACCAAUUUGGUUUUGGAAGUAUACGAGAGAAAUGUCUGCAAGGAGCUCGGCAGCCACAGACAUAUCGACGGAGACCGUACAGAAAGCACUUCCAAAAGAAACGCGUGUUGUUAUUUGUGGGGGAGGAGUAAUGGGUGCCGCAGUGGCCUAUCACUUGGCACAAAUGGGACUCGGCUGUGAAACAGUAAUCGUCGAGAGCGGCAAAAUAGGUGGAGGAACCACUUGGCAUGCUUCUGGCUUAGUCGGGGCUUUCAAGCCCAGCUUAGCGCAAGUGAAAUUUGCUCAAGAUAGUAUCGCAUUGUACAAAGAAUUGGAGAAGAAAGGGUUGUCGACAGGAUGGAAACAGUGCGGUAGUCUUUCUUUAGCGAGAACUAGAGACAGGAUGACUUUAUUUCGCAGAAUGCAUGCACAAUCUGUAUCAAGAGAUAUCGAAUGCUAUUUGGUAUCCCCUGAAGAUAUGCAAAAGCUGUGCCCGCUGCUCAAAGUAGACGAUCUUGUCGGAGGACUCUGGAUACCUGGAGAUGGAGUCGGUGACCCAUACAGAACAUGUUUGACUUUAAUGUCAGAAGCUGAACAACUUGGCGUAAGCAUUUUGGAGAACUGCAAAGUGACAAAAGUUAUUAAUGAAAAUGGGUCUGUAAAAGCUGUGGAAACUACAAAUGGAACAAUACAGUGUAAACAUUUUAUAAAUUGUGCCGGGUUCUGGGCUCGUAACGUGGGAAAGAUGAGCGAUCCAACUGUCAAAGUACCAUUGCAUCCAGUAGAGCACUAUUACUUGCAUACCAGGCCGAUUAAAAAUUUAGACCCGAUGACCCCAGUGGUACGUGAUUUGGAUGGUUAUGUAUAUUUCCGCGAAAACGAUGGAAGAAUAUUAGCAGGGGGCUUCGAGCCUGUGGCAAAACCAGCUUUUGAAAAUUCAGUAAUACCUGAAAGCACAAAGGAAAGAUUCUUGCCGGAGGAUUGGGAUCAUUUCCAUAUACUAUUCGAACAAAUGCUUCAUAGGAUACCGAGUCUUGGAGAUGCCGAACUGGAGAGACUGUGCAAUGGGCCCGAGGCCUUUUCUCCAGAUUGCAAAUGGAUCAUCGGCGAAGCUCCUGAAAUCCGAAAUUACUAUAUAGCAGCUGGCAUGAAGACUAUAGGAAUAUCUGCUGCCGGAGGCGUAGGCCGAGCCACUGCAGAAUUAAUAGUGAACGGUUCGACAUCCUUGGACAUGUACGAACUGGACGUCUCCCGCUUCUUGGGACUGCACAAUAAUCACAAAUUUCUGCGAGAUCGCGUAAGGGAAGUCCCUGGAAUGCAUUAUGCCUUGCAAUAUCCUCAUCUCGAAUUCAAGACUGGAAGAAAUCUGAGAAUGUCGCCGAUUUAUCCAAAACUGAGGGAAGCUGGUGCCGUUCUGGGCCAAGUUAUGGGCUACGAGAGACCCUCCUGGUUCGAUCCAGAUGAAGAAUAUGACGUAGAUCCAGUAGAUGGAACUCAGCGCUACAAGAUAGCGAAUACCAAUACCUUUGGUAAACCACCAUGGUUCGAUUGUGUAGCUGAAGAAUACGCUGCAUGUAGGGAGACUGUGGGACUCAGUGAUUAUUCAUCUUUUACUAAAAUUGAUUUAUGGUCCGGUGGCAUGGAGGUGGUGGAUUUGCUUCAGUAUUUAUGCUCAAACGACGUCGAUGUUCCCGUUGGAAGUAUUAUUCACAGCGGAAUGCAAAAUGCUCGAGGAGGAUAUGAAAAUGACUGCAGCUUGGCACGAAUCGCGCCAAAUCAUUACAUGAUGAUCGCACCUACUAUUCAACAAACUCGGUGUAAACAUUGGAUUAGGCGACAUUUGCCAACCGAUGGAUCGGUAGCAGUGGCAGAUGUGACAUCGGCUUAUACCGCUAUUUGUAUCAUGGGACCUGCUACUAGACAAAUCUUAUCCGAGCUCACCGACAGCGAUGUGAGUCCAAAGAAGUUCCCAUUUUUUACAUUUAAGGAAUUAGACGUUGGCCUUGCAACUGGAAUUAGGACGAUGAACCUAACUCACACCGGAGAACUUGGAUAUGUUCUUUAUAUACCGAAUGAGUACGCACCGCAUGUGUACACCAAACUGACUGUGGCCGGAGCAAAAUAUGAAAUGAAACAUGCUGGAUAUUUUGCAACGAGAGCUCUGAGAGUUGAGAAAUUUUACGCUUUUUGGGGCCAAGAUCUCGACACCUUCACCACACCUUUGGAAUGUGGCCGUUCCUGGAGAGUCAAAUUUGAUAAAGGCGUCGACUUUAUAGGACGCGACGCGCUUUUGAAGCAGCGGGAGGAAGGCGUUAAGCGAAAGUACGUACAAUUAUUGUUGAAAGAUCACGACGUGGAGAUAGAUCCUUGGUGCUGGGGUGGAGAACCGAUUUAUCGCAAUGGUAAAUACUGUGGGAUGACAACGACGACAGGAUAUGGCUUCACUUUCAAGACACAAGUCUGUCUGGGAUUUGUCCAAAAUCUGGACUCGAAGAAUUGCCCUCAGGAAGUGACGAACGAUUACAUCCGCUCCGGGGAUUACGAAGUAGAUGUUGCGGGAAUCAAAUAUCACGCCAAGUGCCAUUUACACAGCCCAAACUUGCCGACCAAGUUUCCUGACACGGAGAGAGAUUCGUAUCAUGCGACACGCGAUCAACAGCCCACCUGAUGCUGGUUGAAGGGAAAAAAAUAUUCACACAAAAUUCCAAAAACCGUCUGGUGGGUUCCCCAUUACCUAACUACCACGUAUAAUGGAAACUUUUCGUAGAUCAUUUAAUUGUUGUCAUUCAUAUUUCGUUGUACUGCUUCGUUGCAUUAUUUCUUCGAGUCGUCUUAACCUAUAAUGUCCCUGUGGUCUCAGAAUUGUAGAUAUGAAAUUAGAAUGUUGUUUUAAACAUUGUUAUUUAAUUUGAAUUUCGCUCAGGUGGAAAAACAAGAAAAAUAAUUAUUUACACGUGUAUCUUGAA